CUGUGGUGGGGAAGGAAAGAUUCGUCAUUUUCGCACUCUUCCUGCCCCCCCCUGAAGUGAAGCAUGUCGUCGCUGCUAAACUCGCUGGACAUGAGCCUGGAUGACCUGAUUGACAAGAAGAAGUCUGCCAACAAAUCUGGCCGGGACGCUCGUGGCGGAGGAGGUGGCGGACCUGUGCGCCGAAACCGCCCGAACACUGGUCGUGGACGCCGCAACGCAGAACCGUACUCCCGCAAGAACGACAGCGAUGACGACAUGGGUGACAGCUCGGGCAAGUCGGGCAAACGAGCGUCGAUUUUGUCCCGUUUGGGAGGCCGUGUAAGCAACGACGACGCUGGCCACAAGAUCUUCGUGCAAAACCUCAAGUUUGACGUCCUGGAAGACGACCUGAAGGAACUGUUUGGCACGGUUGGCAAGGUGACGAAGGCCGAAAUCGUGUACGACAAGUCGGGUCGCUCCAAGGGUCUGGCGCGAGUCUGGUUUGCGCGCAGAAACGAUGCCGAGCAAGCUGUGAAGCGAUACGACGGUCGCCUCUUGGACGACCAAGCCCUCAAGAUUGCGCUGGACGAUGCGCCUUCUAGCGGCGGAGGCUAUGGUAACCCCCGUAACACCAGCUCAUCGCAACGCCGCAGCAACAACGACGGCAACAAUGUUCGCCAAGGCGUGUUCGGCACUGCUCUGGACGACAACGACGAGCCCAGGUUUAGUGUCACGUUCGAGUGCGUUUCAUCGCGCUCGUUGGAAGUUUGGCAUGAAUGAUCACAUCCUUUCGACUGUAGUGGUGGUCGAAGAGGCGGGGGCGGAGGACGCCGACGCCGUGGCGGCCGUGGUGGCGGCAUCAAGUCGGCCAAGGAUCUCGACAACGACAUGGACACGUACAACGCCGACUCGUAGAGCUGCAGAUACCUCAACUGACCGUGAUCCGCACGUUGUCGGUCGCGUGUAACACAAUCAAUUUUCUCACGUUUUGAGAGUCUCGACUACAAUAGAUUUAGAUGAUACCAAACACGGGCUUGAGCUUAAUGACGAGGCGCCAGUCGUCCUUGCCCAGGUCGUCUUUGAAGUUUUCUUUGAGGGCGUCGAUACUCGCCCGACUCAAGUGCGAGUACAGCUUGUGCGUGUGGUCAAAUUGGCGGCCGUACGUGACGUUGCUGUCGCUCUCGAUCUUGACCGCGACGUUGCUGCCCUUCUUGGCCGUCUCGACCGUCUUGUUGUCGCGUUCAAUGGACGCAACGCGGCCGAUGGACACGAGCACGCCGUUGGUGACCGACACGAGGGGGGUCCCGACCUUGAGAAUGCCUUCUUCGACAUCCACGCCAAGAAUGAUCGGGUCUUUCUUAUUGAAAAUGCACGUCGGGAUGAUCUUGAGCACGACGGGGAAGACCGCAAUGUCGGCAAAUUGUUCGCGGCGCAACUGGCGGAUGUUGUCCAUGUAUGCCGUGAAUUGGUCAAACAAGUGGUAGAUGAUGUCGGCUGUGAAAAUCCGCACGCCCAACUCGUUGGCCAUGUCGGCAGCGUCGUUCUGGACCUUGACGUCGAACGCGAGGAUCGUGGCAAACUCCUUUUGGUGCUCCAGCUGGACACUGGCGCGCAUCACGUCCUUCUUGUGGACUGGCCCAAUGUUGACGCAUGCGACGGGGAUCGGCGGGUCACACCCGUUGCGAAGAAACUCGAGCAGCGCUUCCAACGCGCCCAAGGUCGACGCCUGAACCAUAACCCCACGCUUGGUCGCUUGGACACUGUCCAUGAUGUUGGACAGAUCCGACAUGACGGCGUCCUUGAGUUCGUUCACGUCGUCGUCGGGGCCGACAACAUGGACGGCAGUCCCGGCCACGGCCUUUUCGAGCCCCUGCGCGCAAAUCUUGACCCCCAUCGCGGCCUGGAUCGUCUGGUGGUGGACGUACUCGCCCUUGACGCGAAUUUCCUUCAUCGGGUGCGGCGUCAGCAACGACCGAAUCGUCGUCACGACGGGGCCAUCCAGCGUACACACGACAAUGGUUUGUCCUUCGCUCAACGACCCGUUCACGAGGAUCGUGUCGAUCGUGGUGCCGAGCCCUUCGAUGACCUUGACUUCCAGCACCGUGCAUUGCAAGAUAUCGACGAACGCAAGGGACUUGGCCAUCUUUUCUUGCGUGAGGCGCACGAGCAUGCCGAGCAAGUCCGGCACGCCUUCGCCAGAGAUGGCCGACGUCGGGAUGAGCGAGAUCGUCCGGCCGAGGUCGUUGUUGCGGUAGUACAGUUCCGCGUUUAGCUUUUGUUCGGCAAACUGGACCUUGAUUUGCGCCGCGCGGUCUUCAAACUCGCGUUGCACGUGUUCGUUUUGUUGCUGAAACGCGUCGAGAAACGGCAUGUCCGGGCACGUUUUCCAGCUGUAGCAUCGAUCGAUUUUGUUGAGCGCGACGACGAACGGGGCGCGCUUCGCCCGCAGCAGUCGGAUCGAUUCCAACGUUUGCGGUUCCAGCCCAUGCAUGAUAUCGACGACGAGGAUUGCAAUGUCGCACAACGAAGACCCGCGCGACCGCAAGUUGGUAAAACUUUCGUGCCCCGGGGUGUCGAUCACCAACAAACCCGGCAGCUUGAAAUCGAGUUUCAUCGUCUUGGAAAGUUCCGCCGUCUUUUGCUUGAUCGCGUCCACGGGGAAAAAGGUGGCUCCGAUUUGUUGCGUGAUACCACCGGCUUCGCCGUCCUGAACCUUGGUCCUGCGGAUGUUGUCUAGCAAUUUGGUCUUGCCAGUGUCGACGUGGCCCAUGAUGCAGCAGAUGGGAGAACGAAGGUUGUCAAGUGACACCGCCGCUCGCGCUUCGUCUUCACGGAUGCGGCGGCGUUCAGCCGCUUCGCGCUUCUUCCGGUCCUCUUCCUGGCGGAGCUUGGACCGGUUGCGUUCCUCUUCGGCAGCCUUGGCGUUUUCGGCCUCCUGUUCUGCCUGGCGCUUAGCCAAUGCAAGACCUUGCUCUCGGAGACGCUCUUGUUCCUUGAGGCGCUCGACUUCAAUCAGAUCCUCAACGUCGCCGUAGUCGGCUUCUUGGACCUUCAGACCGAUCUUGUCGAGGACUUCAUCGUCGUCCCAGUCCUUGGCGUCCCAGUCGUCUUCUUCCUCGUCGUCGGCCUCGCCCUUGGCUUGCUCCUUGUCCUCGUCAUCGCUGGCAUCCCAAGCAUCCGGCGCGUCCACUUCGACCACAGCCGGGCAAGGUUUCGCUUCCUCUUCCUUGAUGGCAGCCUUGGGUUUCUUUUUGUUGUCGUACGUGACCUUGGGCUUCAACCCACCACCUUCUGCGGCGAUCUCAAUCAAUCCCUGUGCCUUCAUCGCCUCCAACGCAGCCUGAGCGCGCUUGGCCUUUUCCUUUUGCGCCUUGGUCAUGUACGUGCCGUCCGCUUUCUGGGCGUCAACUUUGGCCUUCUUCGCCAAACGCUUCCGUUCGGCCAGCUCUUCCUUUUUGCGAAUCGCUUCCAACCGAGCUUCUUCUGCCUCUCGGAACUUGCGAUCUUCUUCCUCUUGUAUUUUCUUCAAGCGUUCUUCUUCGGCUUUCAGAGCGGCCUGGCGUUCCUGAAGUGCCUUUGCAGCGGCCGAAAGAGGCUUCUUGGGGCCCUUCGUUUCGGCGACAGGUGCCGCAGCGGUAGCUGCCGGGGCAUCCGCCUUAUCUCCAUCCUUCUUCUUCUUGUCCUUCUUUUUGUUCUUCUUCUUGUCUGCAGCGUCGGCAGCUGAAAUGCCCAUACUGGCCAACGCUGCUGCGACUGCAUCGUCCACCGAAGUGUCUGGCUUGUCGGCAGCGACAGGGGCCUGAACGGGUGCUGGGGGUGGCACGUCGACCUUGGUCGUUGUAGCGAAUUCGUUCAAAACAUCGUCCCACUCAUCGUCGGCGCCUCCCGUCUUCUUGGCGGGCGCGGCUUUCUUUCCCUUCUUCGGCGGCAUCUCGUCCUGUGUGGCGGCGUCAGCUCAGCAACG